GAGACUGGUGCAAACGCGUCGGGUAAGAGCAUACCAAUGAUUCACUGCUGUUAUGGUAGGAGUGUUGCGUCGGCCGGCAAAGUGUGCAAAGUCGUGAACGAGUUCAUGGAAGAAGCUCGGAUACUUCAGGGAGACUGGUGCAAAGACUACGACGAUCCAAGCAGCGGGCGCCCUCUGCGUGUCGACUGGACCGGUGGCUGCGAGCAUGCUCAUCAUU